CACAGGUAGUCUAAUUGCACAGGGAUUUAGAUAGGAGAUCACCAGUUGUUCAUCACGUCUACCAUAAAACUUAAGAUAAAUGAAGACAUUGAUUGGCACGAGAUAUGGAUUAUCACACGAAAUACCUAUCGUUUCUAAUCGUCACUACAUAUACGGACAGACCGUUUGUAAGCCAUCUCUCAAACACAAUAUUUACAUCACUUUUGCCAUUCAUUUGAGUCAUUGAUCGCACGGUUAGUCCAUUUGAGUCUCAAGUCUUGAGACCAAAUGACACCAACUCUUCAUCCAAUACAUCACUCUUUGAUGACUUGAGACAAUAAACUAUCACUCAAUCCAUACCACUGUUGUGGUGAUCACACAAUCACCACCGAUGUUGUCAGCAGAUCCUCCCACACGUAUGAAUGGCUCGCAUACCACCGAUGAUUGCAUCGAUGAUAUUGAGCACCACUUCUCACCCAUUCCUGACCCGAGAGUUCAGAUAGAGCUCGAAAACCUCAACACAUCCACCGAUUUGAUCAACAAACUGGAGGUCGAACUCAAUGAGUCGAGAACUCAUUUCCAUCUACUGCUCAGCGAUUCCUCGCAGAAGAUCUCAGAAAUGGCCAAAAAGUUGGGCUCAUGUGUGGAGCGCGUGAAGCCCUACUAUGAGGCACGGGUUAGGGCUAAAGACUUGAGGUUAGAGACACAGAGGGCUGCCCUGCGGUUCGAGAGGGCCACCAGUUCUCAUAUGGCGGCCAAAGAGAUGGUGAGAUUAGCCGAAGAGGGCCUCCAAAAGGACGGCAAUGUAUUGGACCCCUCGUGGCAGGAGGUGCUCAACCACUCGACCAUUCGUGUGAAUGAUUGCGAGCGCGAGAGAGUGAGUGAACAGUUACACCACCAGAACAUAUCUCAUCAAUAUAACAAUUCAGAGCAAUUGAGAGUGGCAAAAGCUAAACUCAAUUACUCGAAAGCAUUGCAUAGACUCGAAGAGAUCAGCGAUGAGAUCAACCAAAAGAGGAAAAUCGAUAAUUUAUUACUUCUCGAGUCGAGAGGUUGUGGUGUCGGCGCUGAAUCGCCUGUGUCUUCGUCUCCAAAGUUAACCAAAGCUUUAAGAAAACUAAGCCUUGAAUCUGGAGAUAUGGCACAAAUGAGUGGACUUCCGGUCGAUUGGUUCUACAGAAGGCAUACCAGAAGUGGAGCCAACAGUGAAAGGGAUGACACCGAGAGUGUGGCCACGACUGACACCUUAGAUGAUACAGUGAUCGAUAACCUGAGGUUAACCGAAAACAUUGAUUCAAUUGAUUUGCAAUUCAAUGAUGUGUUAGAUUCUGACAAAACAACGAUUUUGUAG